AUGAGAUUAACAAAAACGAAGGGGCCAACAAUGGCCACUUUGAUUGUGCCUCUUCUUGUAGCCUUACUUUCUCUAAGCAUUCCUUUAUCAAUUACAGCAUACUAUAAAGAUAAAACACCAUAUACGAUUCUUAAUCAUCCAAUCCAUGGUAAAUCUCCUCCACCACCACCACCUCCUAAGUCACCGUCAAAAUCACCACCACCUCCUAAGACACCACCAGCCAUGCAUGGCAAGUCUCCAGCACCACCUCCACCUCCUAAGUCAUCGCCACCACCACCUUACAUCCAUGGGAAGUCUCCAUCGACGCCUCCAAAGUCUCCACCAUCACCUCCUAAGUCACCACCACCUCCUAAGUCUCCGUCACCACCAUCACCAUCCGUCCAUGGGAAGUCUCCACCAACACCUCCUAAGUCACCACCACCUCCUAAGUCACCGUCACCUCCUAAGUCUCCACCACCACCACCACCAUCUACUCAUGGGAAGUCUCCACCAUCACCUCCUAAGUCACCAUCACCUCCUAAGUAUCCGUCACCACCACCAUCCAUCCAUAGUAAGUCUCCACCAUCACCUCCUAAGUCACCAACACCUCCUAAGUCUCCUCCACCUCCUAAGUAUCCAUCACCACCACCAUCCAUCCAUGGUAAGUCUCCACCAUCACCUCCUAAGUCACCAGCACCUCCUAAGUCUCCACCACCACCACCACCGUCCGUUCAUGGGAAGUCUCCUAAGUCACCACCACCUCCUAAGAAUCCAUCACCACCACCACCACCACCACCAUCCAUCCAUGGGAAGUCUCCACCAACACCUCCUAAGUCACCACCUCCUCCUAAAUCUCCUUCACCGCCACCACCACCUCCUAAAGUCACAACCACUACCAUUUAGUGUCAAGCCUGGACUAGGCGGUUAGAGCGCUUACCAUUAAGUUAACAUUUUUAUCUUUAUCUAGGGACUAAGAAUCCAUACUUGAAAAAUCCCCAAAUCCUCCUCAAUAUGACUAAGAACCCAAUUCUUUUUUCCUAUUCAAUUAUAUGCUUCAUAUUUCUUGUCGAAAUAAGUUCAGUUUCCAUUCAUAUAUCACCUCAAAUGUCGACAAAAUAGAAGACAUGGUUGGAUAACAUAUCGAAGGAGCAAGAUAUCACCUCAAAAUAAAAUAAAAAAUAAGCAAGAAUUAUGCAUGGAUCAUGUAUGUUUUCAUGUAGAUGGUGUAUGUAUGACCUAUAUACAUUUCAUUGUCAUAUCUCCCUAUUCUAAUAAAAUAAUAGCUCUAAUCUCA